CGCGCUCGCAGUGCGCACGCGUGGCCUCGCCGGGCUUUCCUACUGUCGUUUUGCGCCGGGCGGGCUGUCGAGCGUCUUCCUCUGUCCUCAGCCGGCGCCGCUCCCUCGCCCCUCGGCUUCCAGUCGCUGCCCUCCGGCGCCAUGGUGCUCGACCUGGACCUCUUCCGCGCCGACAAAGGCGGAGACCCUGAGCUUGUGCGGGAGACGCAGCGGAAGCGCUUCAAGGACCCGGCGCUGGUGGACGCGCUGGUGGCCGCCGACGGGGCCUGGCGGAGAUGCAGAUUCCGUGCAGACAAUCUGAACAAACUGAAGAACCUUUGCAGCAAAACUAUAGGCGAGAAAAUGAAGAAAAAAGAGCCAGUAGGAAAUGAUGACCACAUACCAGAAAAUGCACAAAAUCUUGAUGAACUUACAGCAGACAUCUUAGCAGGUCUUCAAGUAAGCCAAAUAAAGAAAGUUCGUCUUCUAAUUGAUGAAGCAAUACUGAACUGUGACGAAGAGCGCUUGAAGCUGGAGGCAGAGCGGUUUGAAAACCUCAGAGAAAUUGGAAAUCUCCUUCAUCCCUCUGUGCCAAUCAGUAAUGAUGAGGAUGCAGAUAACAAAGUGGAGAGGCUAUGGGGAGACUGCACAGUGAGGAAAAAGUAUUCUCAUGUGGACUUGGUUGUCAUGGUGGAUGGCUAUGAGGGAGAAAAGGGAGCCAUUGUUGCUGGAAGCAGAGGAUACUUUCUAAAGGGUGCCCUGGUUUUUCUAGAGCAAGCUCUCAUCCAGUAUGCCCUGCAGACGCUGCUUAGCAAAGGUUACACCCCUGUUUAUACCCCUUUUUUCAUGAGAAAAGAGGUGAUGCAGGAAGUGGCCCAGCUAAGCCAGUUUGAUGAAGAGCUCUACAAGGUACUUGGCAAAGGCAGUGAGAAGAGCGAUGAUAACACUAUUGAUGAGAAAUACCUGAUUGCUACAUCUGAACAGCCAAUUGCAGCAUUGCACAGGGAUGAAUGGCUUAAGCCAGAGGACCUGCCCAUCAAAUACGCUGGGCUGUCUACCUGCUUCCGCCAGGAAGUUGGUUCACAUGGCCGUGAUACCAGAGGCAUUUUCCGUGUGCACCAAUUUGAAAAGAUUGAGCAAUUUGUCUACGCAUCACCUCAUGAUAACAAGUCUUGGGAGAUGUUUGAUGAGAUGAUUGCAACUGCUGAAGAGUUCUAUCAAUCUCUGGGCAUCCCUUACCAUAUUGUGAAUAUUGUCUCAGGUUCCUUGAAUCAUGCUGCCAGUAAGAAGUUGGACUUGGAGGCAUGGUUCCCAGGUUCAGGAGCUUUCCGUGAACUUGUUUCUUGCUCGAACUGCACUGACUACCAGGCACGUCGACUGCGGAUCCGUUAUGGACAAACUAAGAAGAUGAUGGACAAAGUGGAGUUUGUGCAUAUGCUCAAUGCCACAAUGUGUGCUACAACACGUGCUAUAUGUGCCAUCCUUGAGAAUUACCAGACAGAGGAAGGAAUCAUUGUACCAGAGAAAUUAAGGGACUUCAUGCCACCAGGCCUGAAAGAAAUGAUAAAAUUUGUAAAACCUGCUCCUAUUGAUCAGGAACUUUCCAAGAAGCAGAAGAAACAGCAUGAGGGGAGCAAAAAGAAAUCGGCUGGUGGGGACUGUGCACUGGAAGGAAAGAUGCAGAACAUGGAUGUGAACAGUCCCUAAAAGGGAUCUAUCUAUGUGUCACUUUUUCUGAGAUUGCACAGUUUAGUGCAUAAAGCUGCAGGGGGUGCUGGAUAUGAAUUCCUGCUUUGUCUCAUCCCUCUUGUCACCAUGGGCAAGUUACUUUUUUCCAUCUCGGCUUCCACCCUCCGUAGCCUGGGAAGAUGUUCCUUCCCAUGCUGGCUCUGAGGAUCCACUGGUGUUUGUUUUCACAUUGAAUGUGGAAAGCACUAGAGGUGCUGACCAGUUCCCCAGAAGUCUGUAUGUCUUACAUUAUGUUAAUUAUCCAUGGAAACAGUUUCUAUUCAAACCCCUAGUUGCAAAUCCAAGCAGAGGGAACAAACUGCUAUAUCAUGUUUAUUUGCUGAAAAUCUCUGCUGAGCAGAAGCAACACUGGGAUAAAGCAAAGAUCAAAAGGGAAAAUAAGUAUAGGCAUGUGGCGUUUUACUGUAAAGACAGUCUUUGCAUAGUCAUAGGAUUUUACCUGAUAUGGUGGCACUCAGUGAAUAAAGCAAGCAUUGAAAAAAAAUGA